AGGCCUGGUAGCCGAGAGCAGAGCCAGCCCCCAGCUGCACCGCCUGUGGCUCUGAGGGACCCUCACGCACCCCAGCUGCUCAGAAUAUUACCAUGUCUGCCCAAGAUGAAGGAGGCCGGGAUCCUCCCAAACCCAAGGGCAAGACCCUGGGAAGUUUCUUGGGGUCCCUGCCUGGCUUCAGUUCUGCCCGGAACCUCGUGGCCAGCGCCCACAGUUCUGCGAGAGAGGUCCGGCCGGUCGCCGACCCUGCGGGUGCGUCCCCGCAGCCCCAGGCUCAGGCAGCCACCAACCUGGAGGAGACGGCCGGCGGGGAGAAGCAGCCGCCGCCUUCGGAUAAGAUGACCUCUGGGGCAAAGGACCUGGUGAGCUCCAAGAUGAGUAAGACCAAGGACACCAUCUCCUCCGGGAUGGCCAGCGUGGUGGACACAGCUAAAGGUGUGAUGCACGGAGGCCUGGGCAUGACCCGGUCUGCCCUCUCAGGUGCCAAGGAGACUGUGGCCAGUGGCGUCACAGGGGCAGUGGGUGUGGCUAAGGGCACGGUCCAGACCGGCCUGGACACUUCGAAGACCGUCCUGACGGGCACCAAGGACACCGUGUGCAGUGGGGUGACUGGAGCCAUGAAUGUGGCCAAAGGGGCCGUCCAGACCGGCCUGGACACUUCAAAGACCGUCCUGACGGGCACCAAGGACACCCUAUCUACUGGGCUCACAGGUGCACUGGGCAUGGCCAAGGGCACGGUCCAGACCGGCCUGGACACCACCAAGAAUAUUGUCACAGGCACCAAAGACACCGUGUCUGCUGGGGUGACAGGGGCAGUGAACAUGGCCAAGGGCACCGUCCAGACCGGCCUGGAAACCACCAAGAAUAUUGUCACAGGCACCAAAGACACCGUGUCCGCUGGGGUGACAGGGGCAGUGACCAUGGCCAAGGGCACCAUCCAGACCGGCCUGGACACUUCAAAGACCGUCCUGACGGGCACCAAGGACACCCUAUCUACUGGGCUCACAGGUGCACUGGGCAUGGCCAAGGGCACCGUCCAGACUGGCCUGGACACUUCGAAGACCGUCCUGACAGGCACCAAGGACACCGUGUGCAGUGGGGUGACUGGAGCCAUGAAUGUGGCCAAAGGGGCUGUCCAGACCGGCCUGGACACUUCAAAGACCGUCCUCACGGGCACCAAGGACACCCUAUCUACUGGGCUCACAGGUGCACUGGGCAUGGCCAAGGGCACCGUCCAGACCGGCCUGGACACUUCAAAGACUGUCCUGACGGGCACCAAGGACACCCUAUCUACUGGGCUCACAGGUGCACUGGGCAUGGCCAAGGGCACGGUCCAGACCGGCCUGGACACCACCAAGAAUAUUGUCACAGGCACCAAGGACACCGUGUGCAGUGGGGUGACUGGAGCCAUGAAUGUGGCCAAAGGGGCUGUCCAGACCGGCCUGGACACUUCAAAGACCGUCCUGACGGGCACCAAGGACACCCUAUCUACUGGGCUCACAGGCGCACUGGGCAUGGCCAAGGGCACGGUCCAGACCGGCCUGGAAACCACCAAGAAUAUUGUCACAGGCACCAAAGACACCGUGUCCGCUGGGGUGACAGGGGCAGUGACCAUGGCCAAGGGCACCGUCCAGACCGGCCUGGACACUUCAAAGACCGUCCUGACGGGCACCAAGGACACCGUGUGCAGUGGGGUGACUGGAGCCAUGAAUGUGGCCAAAGGGGCCGUCCAGACCGGCCUGGACACUUCAAAGACCGUCCUGACGGGCACCAAGGACACCCUAUCUACUGGGGUCACAGGUGCACUGGGCAUGGCCAAGGGCACGGUCCAGACCGGCCUGGACACCACCAAGAAUAUUGUCACAGGCACCAAAGACACCGUGUCUGCUGGGGUGACAGGGGCAGUGAAGGUGGCCAAGGGCACCGUCCAGACCGGCCUGGACACUUCAAAGACCGUCCUGACGGGCACCAAGGACACCCUAUCUACUGGGCUCACAGGUGCACUGGGCAUGGCCAAGGGCACCGUCCAGACCGGCCUGGACACCACCAAGAAUAUUGUCACAGGCACCAAAGACACUGUGUCCGCUGGGGUGACAGGGGCAGUGACCAUGGCCAAGGGCACCGUCCAGACCGGCCUGGACACUUCAAAGACCGUCCUGACGGGCACCAAGGACACCCUAUCUACUGGGCUCACCGGUGCACUGGGCAUGGCCAAGGGCACGGUCCAGACCGGCCUGGACACCACCAAGAAUAUUGUCACAGGCACCAAGGACACCGUGUGCAGUGGGGUGACUGGAGCCAUGAAUGUGGCCAAAGGGGCUGUCCAGACCGGCCUGGACACUUCAAAGACCGUCCUCACGGGCACCAAGGACACCCUAUCUACUGGGCUCACAGGUGCACUGGGCAUGGCCAAGGGCACCGUCCAGACCGGCCUGGACACUUCAAAGACUGUCCUGACGGGCACCAAGGACACCCUAUCUACUGGGCUCACAGGUGCACUGGGCAUGGCCAAGGGCACGGUCCAGACCGGCCUGGACACCACCAAGAAUAUUGUCACAGGCACCAAGGACACCGUGUGCAGUGGGGUGACUGGAGCCAUGAAUGUGGCCAAAGGGGCUGUCCAGACCGGCCUGGACACUUCAAAGACCGUCCUGACGGGCACCAAGGACACCCUAUCUACUGGGCUCACAGGCGCACUGGGCAUGGCCAAGGGCACGGUCCAGACCGGCCUGGAAACCACCAAGAAUAUUGUCACAGGCACCAAAGACACCGUGUCCGCUGGGGUGACAGGGGCAGUGACCAUGGCCAAGGGCACCGUCCAGACCGGCCUGGACACUUCAAAGACCGUCCUGACGGGCACCAAGGACACCGUGUGCAGUGGGGUGACUGGAGCCAUGAAUGUGGCCAAAGGGGCCGUCCAGACCGGCCUGGACACUUCAAAGACCGUCCUGACGGGCACCAAGGACACCCUAUCUACUGGGGUCACAGGUGCACUGGGCAUGGCCAAGGGCACGGUCCAGACCGGCCUGGACACCACCAAGAAUAUUGUCACAGGCACCAAAGACACCGUGUCUGCUGGGGUGACAGGGGCAGUGAAGGUGGCCAAGGGCACCGUCCAGACCGGCCUGGACACUUCAAAGACCGUCCUGACGGGCACCAAAGACACCCUAUCUACUGGGCUCACAGGCGCACUGGGCAUGGCCAAGGGCACCGUCCAGACCGGCCUGGACACUUCAAAGACCGUCCUGACGGGCACCAAAGACACCCUAUCUACUGGGCUCACAGGCGCACUGGGCAUGGCCAAGGGCACCGUCCAGACUGGCCUGGACACUUCAAAGACCGUCCUGACGGGCACCAAGGACACCGUGUGCAGUGGGGUGACUGGAGCCAUGAAUGUGGCCAAAGGGGCUGUCCAGACCGGCCUGGACACUUCAAAGACCGUCCUGACGGGCACCAAGGACACCCUAUCUACUGGGCUCACAGGCGCCCUGGGCAUGGCCAAGGGCACGGUCCAGACCGGCCUGGACAUCACCAAGAAUAUUGUCACAGGCACCAAAGACACCGUGUCCGCUGGGGUGACAGGGGCAGGGAACGUGGCCAAGGGGGCAGUGCAGACUGGUCUCGGCACCAUCCAGAACUGGUUACCUGGCACCCGGGACCCUGUGUGGGGCGGACUCACCAGUUCCAGUGCCCCCCGCAAAGGAGGGGAAGCUCUGUCCCCCGGAGUAUCCAGCGCCCCGGACACACUUGGUGCAGGCCUGGACCUUGUCCGGGAAGCCACCGCUGAAGCAACACGUCCCCAGGGGGCCACCCUGGGCAGGGAGGAUGCGGGGCACGUGGCCACCGCGCGCGGCCAUGAAGGACCCACGAGCUUCGCGACACUCCGGGACGAGCUGAAGGAGCUGGGGGAUGUCUUCCAGCCCCUGGAUGCCGAGGAGCAAGCCCAGCUUGCCGCCUCCGAGCCUGAGCCAAGGGUGCUCACGGCCGACCAGCGCAGCUACUUUGUGCGUCUGGGCGACCUGGCCCCCGGCUUCCGCCAGCGGGCGUUUGAGCACGCCCUGAGCCACCUGCAACACGGCCAGUUCCAGGCCAGGGCCGCGCUGGCCCAGCUGGAGGACGCCUUCAAGCUGAUUCAGAAGGCCGAGCGGGCUCCGGAGGGCCAGUCACCUCCAGACCAGGGUCCGAGCAGCAGAGCGGAGGAAGGCGCUACCCAAGAGGUGCCGGACUCCGGGGCCCUGUCCAGGGCCUGCAGCCUCAUCCAGCAGCUCCACGUGGCCUACAGCUCCCUGGCCUCCGGCCUCCAGGGCCUCCCCGAGGAGCUGCAGCAGCGUGUCGGGCGGGCGCGGCGCAGCCUGUGCGAGCUCUACGGCCUGGUCUCCUCGGCCAGCUCGGUCCAGCGGCUGCCGGCAGAGCGCCUGGCCCGGAGCCACGAGGGCGUGGGCCGGGCCUGGCAAGAGCUGGAGCAGGUGCUGGACAGCGUGCAGCACGGCCCGCCGCUCUGCUGGCUGGUGGGGCCCUUCGCCCUGCCGCCCGGCGGGCAGCAGCCGAAUGUACCAGAAGGCCACUGUCACCCCGAGGCAGGCUCCUACCACCUCUGCCAACGCUCGGUGUGGCCAGGGGGCUUUGUGAGGGUCAAGCUGCGGCAGCCAGCAGACAUGGCCACGCCCCGGGGCCGGCUGGAGGACUGGACGGGGGCGGAUAUAAAACCAGCCGCUUCCCACCUGGGCCUACCCGGAGCUGAUGCUCUGUGGCCCUCCAAGCACCUGGGCUGA